CGGCUGGAUGGGGAGCGGAGCGGCGCGGUAGCGGCGGCGGCGCCAGGUCGGUGCGGCGGGCGCGGUUCCCGGGACGGUGGUGGUGUCGGCGGGGCCCCCGUUCCGCGCGGCUCCGGCCCGGCCUCGGCGCUGCUCCCUCGGGUGGGCCGCGGCAGGUUUUCAGGAUGAAUCUGGAAAAACUCAGCAAACCAGAACUACUGACGCUCUUUAGCAUUCUUGAGGGAGAAUUAGAAGCAAGAGACCUUGUCAUAGAAGCCUUAAAGGCCCAGCAUAGAGACACAUUCAUUGAAGAACGCUAUGGGAAGUACAACAUCAGUGACCCGUUGAUGGCUUUGCAGAGGGACUUUGAGACCCUGAAAGAGGGAAAUCAUGGUGAAAAGCAACCAGUCUGCUCCAAUCCCUUAUCGAUCCUGAAAGUGGUGAUGAAACACUGCAAGAAUAUGCAGGAAAGGAUGUUAUCGCAACUGGCUGCUGCGGAAAGCAGACACAGAAAGGUGAUCCUGGACCUGGAGGAGGAGCGGCAGCGGCACGCCCAGGACACGGCCGAGGGCGACGAUGUCACCUACAUGCUGGAGAAGGAGCGGGAGCGGCUCACCCAGCAGUUGGAGUUUGAGAAAUCCCAAGUGAAAAAGUUUGAAAAAGAACAGAAGAAGCUGUCCAGCCAGCUGGAGGAGGAAAGGGCACGGCACAAGCAGCUGUCGUCCAUGCUGGUGGUGGAGUGCAAGAAAGCCACGGCCAAAGCAGCUGAAGAGGCGCAGAAGACGGCAGAAUUGAGCUUGAAAUUGGAAAAAGAGAAGAGUAAGGUGAGUAAACUGGAAGAAGAGCUGGCGUCCAAGAGGAAGCGGGGUUUACAGAUGGAAGCACAGGUAGAAAAGCAGCUCUCGGAAUUCGACAUUGAAAGAGAGCAGCUGAAAGCCAAGCUGAACAGAGAAGAAAACCGUACAAAAGCACUCAAAGAAGAGGUGGAAUGUCUGAAGAAAGCCCUGAAAGAGCUGGAGGCUUCUUGCUCCGCCGAGCAUUCGCAGCCGAGCCCCGCGGUGACGUCCAGGGGUGUCACAACCGAGAGUCCCCCGGUGAGGUCUGUGUCUUGCCAGACUGAGUGUCCGCAGGCAGAGCGAGCGCAUCCCGCCAGCGCCAGCAAAGCCGCUCACACCGCGACCCCCAGCCCCGCGACUCCUCAUUCCUACGCCAAGUCCAACGGUCACUGCGAUCCCGACGUGCAGGCGGGUGCUGAGCUCCUGCAGGCGACUGCGGUGGAGAACCAGGUUCCAAAGGAGAAAUCUGGUGCAGCGCCAGAAAACGCCGUUGAGAAUGGAAGUUCUCCUGUGAGAACGGAGUCGCCAGUGCAGCUGACGCCCCAGCUCCCGUCCAGCGGGGUGUCCCUGUCCCCCAGCGCCACGGCCGCCUCCUCUCUGACCCCUUCUCCCUGCUCCUCACCAGUUCUGGCCAAACGCUUGGUGGGAGCUUCUGCCAGCAGCCCUGGUUACCAGUCGUCCUACCAGGUGGGGAUAAACCAACGUUUCCACGCCGCUCGGCACAAGUUUCAGUCUCAGGCCGAACAGGACCACCAGUCAAGCGGUCUGCAGAGCCCACCCUCGCGGGAUCUGUCUCCUACCCUGGCAGACAACUCCGCUGCCAAGCAGCUGGCCCGCAACACCGUCACUCAGGUCCUGUCCAGAUUCACCAGCCAGCAGGGACCUAUUAAACCCGUCUCCCCUAACAGCUCGCCUUUUGGCACGGACUAUCGAAAUCUGGCUAACGCCGCGAGCCCCAAAAACGAAUCUGCUCACUCUCCGAGCCCUGGCAAGGUUUCCAGUCCGCUAAGCCCGUUGUCUCCUGGCGUUAAGUCCCCGACCAUUCCUAGAGCAGAAAGAGGGAACCCUCCACCCAUUCCUCCCAAGAAGCCCGGCCUGGCGCAGUCACCCGCUGCUCCCGCUCCGCCGAACAAAACCUCUUCCCAGGCACCCAUGGGUGUCCCCGUGGACGUGGCGAGCAGCUGCUCCACCGGCUCCGCCGUGUCCAACGGCAAAGACAUUGAGAUCCUCCUGCCGACCAGCAGCUAGUCUGCAGAGAAUGUGAAUGUGACAUUCCAUGGCUUAGCAUCCUAGAGCUAAGAUGCUGUUUUUUCCACUCCGUGUUAUUUAUUUCCAUAGUGGCAGAUUCUGUCUGUAUAAAGCAUUUAGUAUAUAUAUAUUUUUUUUCCUUUUGAAUAGGUAGAAUAUUUUUGUUUAUGAAGAAACCUUAACUACAGCUAUAGAGUAGCCUCAAAAUGUCUCACGACAACAGUCAAAUCAUUAGAGAUAACGAGAACCCUAAUCACGUGGCGGGACCUAGCUAGCAAACUCUAAUGGGACUGAAAUACUACUUUUAAAUUAUGCAGAAGUAACUUUUGUGGACUUUUUUACUCCAGACGAACGUUUAAUAACAAGUGCCUGAACUAAGCCUGCGAUAUGAAUGUGAUUCUCUGAGGAAGGGGAGCAGGGGGACCAUCCAGCUGCAGAAACCAAUUCUCCUGUGAGUCAUGAAUGUUGAAACCAACACUGUUUUUUCUUCUUCACUCUUUUCCAUUUGCUAAAAUAAGUUAGCAAAUGUGCUACAAAUGCUAUAAGGUGACCACCAGCCCGACGUGGCCGCGCUUUGUCCUAUAGGACGUAGCUCUGGCUCUUUGAGGAAGCACACGGAAGUUUUGGGGGUAAAAUUUAGCCAUAAGACAACCCAGAUUCCUUCUUUUUCAUGGUCUGCGUGGCCCUUUUUGUGUUCCUGUAACACAUUCUGCAGACGUGCCCCGUGUGCUUUAAAGAACUGGUUUCUGGUGGGUCACCUUGAAUUUCCAAGCUCUUCAAGCAUUCUACUGUUGUGUGUAGAACUUCUGAGAAAAGAAUCUUGCUAUUACUUGACAAAGAUCUCGCUAUUACUUGAAAAAAAGCAAAAUCACUAGUCCAUAUGAUACAGGUUUUUUGCAACAGUAACAUGGGAUCUUCUGCUAUAAACAAAAGCAAUAAUUGUGUUCUUCAUCUGUGUCAGUUGUGUCCAGCUGACCUGGAUUUUACCCACUAAUUAGCUAUGGGAUCUUACUGGCUUUCCUUGGCUGCAAAUAUGGAAUCAAAUCGUUACUGUCAUGUGUAAUUAAAUAUGUAUAUAUGUGUAAGUAGUUUCGCACACAUACAUAUUAUAUACACAAUGUAUUGGGAAAAUCUUUAUUCCUGAUGAAUGAAGAAAUAUGAAGAAAUGCGGGAAUGUGAGAUGUUUAAAUUCACUCAGAGUGAGGAAUCGCCCGAGUUUGAGGCAAAUUGUGUGUGUGAAAAACUUACUUGGGCCCUAGAGGUGGGAAGAAACUGCGGGUUGUGCAGAAAUAUUCACUGCGAGAAGCACCAUCCCCGGCCGGUUCUCUGAGUCACCGCGGGGAGAAAUCGGGGAACAAAAGCACCGCGGGUCAGCGGCGGAGAGCCCAGCCCCAGUUAAUUACCACUGGCGUUCGGUACGUGAGCUGGUCCUAAAUUUAGAACUGGACUUGCCGCGCGGCAUCGGUCGCUGUGCAGCGUUUCCCUGUGCGGGGGCCGAGCUGCGGCGUCUCAGCGCCGGAGACGCUUUCUCUGUGUCAUUUAGCGGUGUUUAAUUAGGCUAAUGCCGUAGCACCAGCUCCAUCGCGGGACGGACCCCGGGGCCGGCGGAGGACGCGCUGCCGGACACCACCCGGAGGGUUCCACAGACCCUUCAGAAGCCUGGUAAAUGGUGACAUUACACACUGUUGUCCCUAACGCGGUGGCACGGGCCGUGUGCCGACAGCACGGAGACACAGAUGGCCCAGCAGUGACUUUUGGAAGCACAUUUAUUACUUUUUUAAGUCGCUACAGCAGAUUGUUUUGGUUAUUUUUGGCCCAUGGAUCACUUCGGAUUCAAAAGUGAGGCUUUCAUAUACACCGCUUUAACGUGUUUCUUUGCUUUUACAUUAAUCUAAAUGGUAUUAUCCUCUUUCUUUAUCAAUAGCUCUAUAGAGAGAGAUCUGCUAUGAUGAAGUCUAUUAGGAAAUGCACUGAGUACUGUUUCUUCUAAAGUAUAAUAUGGGAAGGGGUAUGCAAAAGAAUGUAUUUUUGCUAGUAGCCUGUCUCCUGAGAGAAACUAAGCACAAGAUAUUAAAAUGGAUCCAAACUAAUUCAGUAAGACAUUUAGAGUUAGUAUUUAACUGUUGAUGUAGAUUCUGUGUGGAAGCAACUAAAUGUUCCUUCUAUAACUCACGCCUGUUGUAAACAGACAUUGUUGCAGAGUUUGUCACUGGCUAAUGGGAGUAUAAUGAAGUGCAAAAUGUAUACACUAGUAUUAAUUCAUUAACACUUGUAAAUUUGUAAAGCCAAAUGUACCAAGCUGAAGUCUUUAAUCAUUUUUAUAGCUGAUGGCGUUAAACAUGUUAAACAUUCAUAUUAUCAAUAAAGGAUUUUAUUUUUAAGAUGUGCAAA